AUUCUGAAGGCGAAUCAAUGGGCAUUCAUUUGAGCUUGACACUGGAUCAGCCCAACAGCAGCAGUGAGAGAGUUCGGAGACCCUCUGACAACAUUUGGGCAUUAUUUUACUUUGUUAGGACCACACAGAGGCUGUUUGGACCUGCUGAUUUUGAUCAUGAGGCCAUUACCUCUCGGAAUGUGCUCAGAUGAACACGCUUUGACAGCCGGGGAGCUCAAGUGACAGAAGGGGAAGUUCUUAAAGGAUACAGAAAAAAAUUACCCCCUUAAAUAGAGUUCAUCUGCCAAGUGCAAGUCACAUCUUCCCCUUUGUGGAUAAAAGGGGUUUGUGAAGUUUUGGGGGGGGAUGGACACCCACGUCAAAGAGGGACAACUUUAUGUGCAGCAUCAAAAGUUUGGAAAGAAAUGGAAGAAGAACUGGUUUGUCCUCUAUCCCGCCAGCCAGAACGGCAUUGCCCGUCUCGAGUUCUUCGACUCGUCCUCAGCUGGAGCCGGAGGAGCUGGAGGAGGUUCAGGAAGCGGGGCCAAUGAAAAAACAAAAAAGCUGGAUAAAAAGAUAAUUCGCUUGUCUGAAUGUAUCUCCAUCCUUCCCGCAUUGAUGGAGACCUGCCCCAAAGACAACAUGGCGGCAUUUUGUGUGGAAACCAACGACAAGACGCACGUGUUCGCCGCGGAGAGGGGUGUGGCUAAAGACUGGAUGGACAUGAUGUGUGACAUUGCUUUUCAGGGAGGAAGUGGCACCAGUGCUGCAGACUCUAAUGGGGGAAAAAGGGAUAUGCAGAUGUCAGAGAACCUCCUCUAUUACUCCAGAGAAGAAGUGAACGAGUUCUGGGUAAGCAUCCAGCGCACCGAAGCAUCAGAGCGUUGCGCGCUGUCAGGCAAUUAUUGGCUAAAAGCUGAAGGCGAUGUCCUGAUCUUGAAAGACCCAAAGACAAAAAGGAACAUCUUGGUGUGGCCUUACAAGCUGCUGAGGAGAUACGGCCGAGACCGGGUAAUGUUUUCGUUCGAGGCGGGUCGACGCUGCGACUCAGGUCCGGGUAACUUCACUUUUGACACUAAGCAAGGCAAUGAGAUCUUCCAGUUGGUUGAUCAGGCUAUCCAGUCUCAGAAGGCGCUCGCUGAGGAGCGCCACCCCACCUGCACCACCAAUUUUGACCCAGACUGGCCCAUGUCCCUUCAGCACCUACGCAAUGCGUCUCCUGGUAGUGCUGCUAUGACAGCAGGAAGUGGAGACAGUAGCAGCUCCAGCAGUCGGGAAGCAGACGGUGAUUCUGGAGACAGCAAGCCAGGCUCUGGAGACAGCGUGCUUGGGAAAAGAGAAGGUGGAGAUGGAGGAGGAGGUGGAAGAGUGCAAAGUGCUGGGGGAGGACAUAAAGGAAGGGGUUUACCAGAACCUCCACCCACAGUGGUGUGUUUGGGUGGUGGAAACACCCCGCCAAUGGGGAGGCAGGGGGCAACCGGAGUCGUGAAAGGUGCAGGACCCUCGUCAACACAUGAGCAUGUCAGUCUUUAUUCUGAGCCAGCGGACUCUGUACGCCUGCCUUUGCACAGUGGUGAUGGCCUCUAUUCCGACCCAGUGGACACCAUCAAGGGUCAGAACCAAACCAGUAGCCACUCUCCCAUAGUCCCAGUGCCCACCCCACGCCUUCGACCAGUAGGAGAUGAGGCCUCAUGUGGUGGUGUCUCAGGGGCCGUGGUCAGAGAUCACCACAGCCACAGAAAGCCACCGGACCUCUGUUUACACCUGUAUGACCAGAUUACCUUUGAGCUUAACCAGAAAACAGGUGGUCUGAGUCUAAAUGGAGCUGGAAAUGCACAAGGGGGAGGACGAGGGGGGAACAGCAACAGGAGACCCCCAGGAGGUAAAGCAGAAGGAUCAUCAUCACCUCCUGCUACUCAGCCGGAGCACAUAUAUGAUGAACCAGAAGGCUGCGCCAAAGGACAGAAUUCUGGGAUCAGUAUUUAUGACAAAGCACGUUUGGAACCUCACAGCUUAAGGAGACAAGAAGAAGUGGAGGCCCUUUUCAAUAUGGAGGGAAGCUACACCGUCCCCUCCCAUGGGAAGUCUUCUGAGUUCCAGUCAUCUUCACAGCUGGGCCUGAGCUACGGCCCACCGCCACCUCUGGCCCCAAGAUGGCCCAAGCCCACAAAGGUCCCCAAACCUGGCAGGAAAAAACAAGGAAAUCUUGCCAGCAAUGUCAACAACAACAACAAUAACAUCUUGGGUGGAGGAGGGAGCAGCGAGCUAUACAGCAAAGUGUCAAAACAUAAAGCGCCGCCAUCUUAUGUACGGUGCAGCCAGCACACUCACCACCAAGCCCCUGUGCAAUCACCGGAUAUUAUCUACGAUAACCUCGGAGAUGUUUAAGAUCUUUUGAUGCAUGGAAAUAUUUGGAGAACACCUCCAAUAUAGCGCAUGCUUUUAUUCUUCCAAUGUCUGAAAGCACAUUCCUUAUUUGAAAUUAAAUCCAUAUACAGGCUGGAACAAUUAUUUAAGACAGUCACUUUGUUUCAUUUCCUUUCCUUCAUUGGGUUGCACCAAUAAGAAAAACCUGUUUUUUCAAAUAUGUAGCACAGCUGAUGUAGAGUAGGCACAGGCCACCCUGCCCAUGUGUGAGAAGAGAGAGCGGGUGUUUGCAUGGGCAAACCCAUAAUUGGCGUACCAAGCCUCAGUGUGGUUGGACUCAGCCACUUCACUUGAACAUAAACACAGAAACAGUAAGGCUUCGCCAAAAGCAGCUUGGCCUGCAGGCACUCGCAAGCUCGCAGUGCAGUUUAGCCUCAUAAAAGCCAAAUAAUUUCAAAGUGUCCGCUAUUAUUAUGAAGUUAGCGAGAAUUGAGUAUUGCACUGCUAGUUUUUGUGUUUCUCUGCAGUAUGUGACAAUGUGACCUACAGGACAAGUUGGACUGUAUGUGAACUGUGAUUCUGUGACCUUUUUGGUUGUUCUGUGUUUGUAAUUUCUGGACUGAUUAAUGGUCGUGGUUCCCACUAAAACAGGGAGUCGUGUAAACGAUUUAGCCUGGGACACUAAUAUGAGAUGGGGAGUCACGCUAGAAUCAGUAUCUUGGAGAGAGAUUUACAUUUACAGACUCAGUUUUAUAACUUAAUAUUUUGUAUGGUUGUAAAUACAAAGCGGCUUAAACUAAUAUGAAUCUUAUCAGUUAUAGUGCCUAUCAGUACUCACUGGCUUGGUCUUUUAUUGCUUUAUGACAUCACAUCAGAAUAAGAACAAAUCAGACUUCUUUAUGUAAAAAAAAAAAAGAAUCUUGAGAACAUAAUCUGAAGAAAACGAGCAACACUCACAUUAUACUUGUUUGACAGAUUCAUGCAAGUUAUUUUUGUGAUUCAGUCUUCACAUAAUAUGUGGUUCUAUGGGGCCUUCAAAUUUGAUAAAUUCUGUCCAAAAUAGGACCACUUUGUCCUUGAUUAACAUGCUACCAUUCUACCAUGUUCAAUUUGUAUUAGGUGUAGACCAUUUGAGUUAAACAGAUAUGGCCUUGAGAUUGACCUUUCAAGGUCACCCAAGGCCAAAGGCCAUGUGACAAAUAGAAAGGCAAUAUAUGACUUCAUGCUAGUGUUUAGCUGUAUCAUUAACCAAUCUCAAAAUAAUCAUUAUCAAUGAGAUUGAGUUUUCAAGGUCACGCAAGGUAAAAGGUCAUGCAACCAACUGAGAGGUGAUACGUCACUUCAUAUUAGUGUUUAAAAGUGACAAUUGGUGUAGCUUAACCAAUUCCUUGAGAUAGUCAUUCUAAAUAUACCCUUUAUAUAAGCACAGGGCCAGAAUUUGGACCUUGACCUGUGACCUUGAUAUUAACAGGUUUUAUUUAAAAGCAAAUCACUUUGUCCUUGACUGACCCUCAAACAUUGCACCAAGAUUGUUCCAAAUCAGAACAAAACUCUUUGAUUAUGUUUUUUGGCACUCCAAAAAAUAAUACCCACAAUCGCUGAGCUCAUCAAAAUGCAUGCACAGGUCGAACAAUAUCAAUUAAAUUAAAAAAAUAUCAGACAAAAUUACACAAUAACAAAAAAAUGUCUUUUCUACAAUACUUAAUAAUUACUUUUACAGAGUGUAGGAUUGAGGGGUUUUUUUGGUAAUGGAUUUACAAUUUUUGUAUAUAAAGAAGCCUGAUGUUUUUAUUUUUAUUUGUUUUUUGGCAUGAUGUCAGAAUAAAAAAUGUGUUCAUAAAUGCCAAAGCAGGUGAGGCACUUUGUGUCUGUACUGUCUGUAUGUGAGUGAGUCCACGCGUCCUGAACAGCUGUGGUGUUUGUACACUUAAAGGCAGUAAUAAACACGAUGCACAUGUGAUUAAA